GCCGGAAGCGAUAGCCCCCGAGCCGGUGCGGGCUGACGACACGGGGUUGGCCCUAGUCCCCGCAAAGUUAGACCGUCCCGGGGCUGUGUCGGCUGGCGGGGGCGCCAGACCUCUGCUGGCCCCUGCGGCAAUGGCGGUGUUUCACGACGAGGUGGAGAUCGAGGACUUCCAAUAUGACGAAGACUCGGAGGCAUAUUUCUACCCCUGCCCGUGUGGGGAUAACUUCUGCAUUACCAAGGAAGAUUUGGAGAAUGGGGAAGACGUGGCAACGUGUCCUAGCUGCUCUCUCAUUAUAAAAGUGAUUUAUGACAAGGAUCAGUUUAUGUGUGGAGAAGCAGUGCCAGCCCCUUCCACCCACAAAGAAUUAGUUAAAUGCUGAAGAGGACUUUAGGAAUCCACAUCCUGAACAUUUGGGAAUGAGCCAAGCUGGAAAAAUCAAAUGCAAAGUCACUGGCUUCCUUCAUGGGGACAACCAUUCCACAGUUGACUCUGCCAUUACUGUGUGGCUCCUUACCAUUGGCUGCUGAGUUCAUCUCCAAUUAAAGAAGCGAGUCCAUGACGUGACAUGCCUGGAUUUUGUGCUUAGAACUUUGAAUUGGAAGUGUUCUCAAUUUUCCAUGUGAAUUUAAAGGAAGAUCAUUUCAAAUCAGUGCUUUCUUUCUCUCAGUAUCAUUAUUUUUAUGUCUUACACCUGAUUCUUCCUUAUCUGAUAACAGCAUCAUCUACCUCAAAGUCAUUAGUAUUCCUUAAUAAAAGGGGAUUAUGUUUUGGCUUAGUUAUUAAGAUUAUUAAAAUUAGUCCUUUCUUUGAAAUUGGACAUCCACUUUGCUGUUCUAAACUUAAACAAAUUUGUUGCUUUGUCCCCACUGUGCUUUCAGUUUCCAUACCAAGCCAGUGUGCUCAGUCUUGGCGUCCAUUAGAACUCAGUUCCCAUUCUGUGUAGCAUACCAUUUCCAUUAUACUUCCUACACUGAGUUCUGGUCAUGGUAUUGCAGAGAAAAUAUACCGAGCUCACAAAUUUUACAAAGCUAAAAGUUAGUAAGAAAGAAAAGUCAUGGGGCGCCUGGAUGGCUCAGUCGUUAAGCAUCCGCCUUCGAUUCGGGUCCCAGGGUCCUGGGAUCAAGCCCCGCAUCGGGCUCCCUGCUCGGCGUGAAGCCUGCUUCUCCCUCUCCCACUCCCCCUGCUUGUGUUCCUCUCUCGUUGUGUCUCUGUACCUGUCAAAUAAAUAAAAUCUUAAAAAAAAAGAAAGAAAAGUCAAAAGGUGAAAUAGUCAAAGAAUCAGUUCCCUUAUCCAUAUUCUGCAUGUUCCUUGAAACUUGGGACAAGAUGAAAAGAAAAGCAGCCAAAGGAAGUGAAGUUGGAAGCAGAACAAGAGAAAAACUUGCCAACUUAGUAAAUUGAAUGAAUGGCUUUGCCAGAUCAGAGCAGAUCAGAUUUGUAUAUGUGGGUCUUGUGUUUAGAUAAGGCUAAUGAAAUGGCAUUCGAGAAGAGGCUCCAUGUCAAGGCUUCCUGGCUGGCAGCGGCACUCUCAGGGUUACCUCAGAAUCGAGUCACCAGCCCUGAAAGGUAGAGCUGCUACAACUCUUGCUGAGGAUGAACUUGAAGAUGAGAUGCCUGUUCUAAAUGUGUCCCUGGGGACACAUCUAACCAGUGUUUAUAAGCUGUGACUGAACCAGACGUGCACUCUUACAGAGAGAUGUUGCCCUGGAGAAAAAGAAAUUCAUAAAGAUAAGCUAUCAGUCUCAGAUCAGGGUCUUUCAGAUAUGACUGGAGUUCUGUGUAAUAUUCUGUGCCUUGUGUACCUUACCAGACAUUUCAGACCACCUCUUGAGAACUGAUCCGUAAUCCAGGCUCUGUCUCUUACUAGCUUUGUAGUCUUUGGCAAGGCCAGUGGAUUCAUCACCUCUGCAAUUAGGAGACUAGAUCAGGAGAUUUUUUUAAACUGUCGGUAUUAUAAUUUCAGGCUUUAUAACUUGCAGGAGCUGAAAUGGUAAUUGAAACCUUUAUAGACUCAAAACUAAAUCAUGAACUAGUAAGAGAAAGAAUGCGUCUUUAGUAACUUGAUGUUACCACACUUCUGAGUUGGAAAAUAAAGUCAACUAUUUAAAGGAAUUCUGCUAAUGAUUUAGUGUACACAUUCAGAAGCAGUUUUCCUGGGAAGCACCCAACAUUUUUGAUUGCUGUACAUGCUAAUUUAUUACCAGAAUAAAUUAUUGACAUACUAAAUAAAGUCAUAAUUCAAAUCAG